AUGUCAACUCCGGCAGUCACUUCGGUGCCGCGGCCGUCUUCAAUACACCCCGACGGUCGCACCGGUGACGUUGACCCAGCCGCUGCGCCGUCGAGGCGUAACGAGACCCUCUUUCAAGCCUUUGAGUGGCACCUCGCCGCCGACAAGCGUCACUGGCGCCGACUUAUCAACCUUCUUCCCAGCCUUGCUCCCCUGGGCAUCACAAAGCUCUGGAUCCCACCGGCCUGCAAGGGCGGCGGCGGUGCCUGGAGCAACGGCUACGACGUCUACGACCUGUAUGACCUCGGCCAGUUCGACCAGAAGGGUUCCAGGGCGACCAAGUGGGGGACCAGGACCGAACUGGACGACCUGGUCCGUGCCGCGGGGGACGCCGGCAUUGAGAUCCUGUUUGAUGCCGUGCUGAAUCACAAAGCCGGCGCGGAUUCCACCGAGCGAGUGCUGGCCACGAGGGUUGAUCCAAAGGAUCGCCGCAAGCUGGUCGGUCGCCCGGGGCAGAUCGAGGCGUGGACCAAGUUCGACUUUCCGGGUCGAAGGGACCAAUAUAGCUCCAUGCGAUGGGACAAGGCGCACUUUACAGGUGUCGACUAUGAUCAUGCAACCGGCGAAAAGGCCAUAUGGCUGUUUGACGGCAAGAAAUGGGCCGAGGAUGUGAACAAGGAGCUUGGUAACUAUGACUACCUGAUGUUUGCAGACAUAGAUCAUUCACAUCCUGAAGUCAGGAGUGAGUUUUUCAACUGGGCCGAGUGGCUCAAUGGUCAGCUUUUGCUUGGAGGUCUUCGGUUGGACGCCGUUAAACACAUAUCUAGCGGCUUCGUACGAGAUUUAGUCGCUCAUAUGGACCGAGUGCGGAACGCUCAGGACAAACCUCCAUGGUUCGUCAUAGGAGAGUAUUUUUCCGAUGAUGUGAGCGAUUUGGAGGAGUACCUCGAGGAACUGGACCACCGCGUACAGCUGUUUGAUGUGCCUCUCCUCAAAAACUUCUCCCGGAUCUCUUUCGAGCCAAUUCCGGAUCUAGGGACUGUUUUCGACGGGACCUUGUGUGCCAGCAACCCGGACAACGCCGUAACAUUCGUCGCCAGCCACGACACGCAACGGGGCCAAACAAUGGACACGCCGGUGGCCGAAUGGUUUGUCCCCAUCGCCUACGCCCUCAUCCUGCUCCGUGCAAACACCGGCACCCCUUGCGUCUUCUACGGCGACCUGCUAGGAACCCUCGGCCCCUUCUCCAGCCCGCCGGUCUGCGGGGGCCAGAUCCUGCCCAAGAUGCUGCAGGCCCGAAGGUCCCAUGCGCACGGUCGGCAGAUCGACUACUUUGCCACCAGCCCACAGGCCAUUGGAUUUGUGCGCUUCGGCGGCCUGGCGGUCGUGAUGAAUGCCGGUUGGCAGUAUGCCGUCCAGAAGAUGUUUGUCGGCGUCGAACGGGCGAGCGAGAGGUGGGUGGAUCUGCUGCUGGGCGCGCGAGGUGAGGUCGUCGUUGACGCCGCUGGCUAUGGCGAUUUUUGGGUCGGGCCCAGGGGUGUUGCCGUCUGGAUCAGAGAAGGGGACAUGGGUCAGGACGCGACGAGAGCCCGCAUCAACGCCGUCGCCAUCGACAAAGGGGACGGGAGGCUGAAUGGCAAGGCACUGGUGGGCACAAAGUGGGGCGCGGAAUGGGUGGAUCUGGGCGUUGCCGCUUUCAGUGCACCCCGUCUGAUGAGGAUUGCGGACGACGAGCUGAUCAUUGUCAUGGUCGCCGCGGACAAGAUACGAGGGAACGGGAGAUGGUCCGAGUUGAAAUGGCAGGCAACCGGUGGUAUACAAGUAGAACAGUAG